AAUUUAUUAAUUGCUUUCGAUUAAAACCUAUUUAAUUCGAUGAUGAUUUUAGGUACACAUUCUUCCCCACGAGAUGCUAGGAAUAUCGACUUUCGGGCUAUCAAUGAGGUUGCUCAAAUGGUUUCCUAUACGCGUCGUUGAUCAGAUUCUCCUAGUGGCCUCCCGUCUGCUAAUCGGUGAUACGGGUCGGGUUGGGUUGACCCGGCCUUCCGUGGGCCCUCUCGAAUUGAAGAGUUUGACCGGAAAGACCCCGGUUUUGGACGUUGGUACCCUUGACAAGAUCAAAAGUGGACACAUCAAGGUAUGUCCCGGGAUCAAGAGAGUAAGGCAUCAAUCCGUGGAAUUCGUCGACGGAAUAACCCGAGAUUUCGAUGCAAUAGUCUUAGCAACUGGUUACAAAAGCAAUGUACCAACUUGGCUAAAGGAAAGUGAAAUGUUCUCUGAGAAAGAUGGAUUCCCGAAAAAGCCUUUCCCGAACGGAUGGAAAGGCAAAAGCGGGCUUUACUCGGUAGGGUUCACCAAACGCGGCCUUAUGGGAACUUCGAUGGAUGCUAGGAACAUCGCCGAAGAUAUCGAAAACUGCUUGAUGAAGAGAAGAAAACCAUUUUUUCUUAACCACGUAAUUCCUUACCUGCUCCAAACGAGUCAAUUCCAGAUCGGAGAUCCGGCAUACGUGUACCCAUUAUCAUCCCUACAUGGACUGUGA